AUGCCGGCGAUACCUCUGGGAAUGUACCAAGCCACUGAUCCGAUGCUUGAAAUCGUGGAUAGUAUAACAGAGGAUGCAAGGCUAGGUAAGUUCCAUAAGGAUGAAGCCGGUGUUAUAACGGAUAUGGUAUCCUUCUAUACGUUGCCCAGUACUGUAAUGAAUCAAAAGACCUAUACUCAGCUGAAGGCGGCCUAUUCGUUCUACAACGUCUGCACUGCAACUCCAUUUACAACUUUGAUGCGCGACUGCCUUAUUAGCGCCAGAGAUGUGAGCAAUAUUGCCUUUACUGCUGCUUCCUAUUACAUUACUCUUGCGUACUACAUACUCUUUGUGGUAAUUCUAUGUUCAAGCUAUCUAGAAUUUCACGUCAGAACUCUGAUGAUUUUCUAG